AUGGACGUUGACGGCCCUCAGCCUAUUCCAAAGAUUGAUAACCGCUUAGCUUCAUUGACCAUCCUCCGUGAAUUCGAGCAGAGAGGAUACGUUGUCCCUGGGAAACUAGUGGUUCAGAAGAAACUACUCGAUAUCUUAACUUGGGCCAAUUAUCUGGCCUUCAUUCUCAAGAAAAUCGAUCUUGGUGGACUUUCUCCCGCUCAUCGGGAGCAAGCUUACCGAGGAGUGAUACUCGAACUGAUUGAAAACCUCGGCCGUACAAUUGAGCUCAAGCAGUUACGCGUGAAGAGAGGAUCUACCUUUGCAGCACUAGUUGAACAGCAAGUUCGUCCUACAUACAAUAACACAUCGACUAUCACUAAGUACGUCAAGGCCACCAAGAAGAAGCAGCACGAGUUAGCCCUUACCCGAGGCAAAUUCAAUGUCAAGGCAGAUGACUAG